CAGGUUCUACCAGUCCAGCAAAUAAUUCACAACUUGAAGAAAAAUUAACAGAUUAUUUAAUUUGUUUUGCUUUUGAAAUAUAAUUUUUAGUCUCACCAGCGUUUUGUGAGAAUGAAAGUGUUCUGGACGCUGGGAAUUAUUUUGUUGGUGAUUUUGAAAUUAAAUGAUCUGCAAACUAGGAAAAGCAGAUGUGAUCUAAUUACCGAGCAUGGCUAUCCCUGUGAAGAGCACACAUUCACAACCAAGGAUGGUUAUUUGCUGACCAUGUUCCGCAUACCUUACUCCCCGGUAACGAAGAAUCAAAAUCUGGCCAACAAACCUCCCGUCCUCUUCAUGCAUUGCAUUUAUUGCUCUUCGGACAUAUUUCUCUUGAAUGGACCCAAUGAUGGCUUGCCCUUCAUGUUGGUCGACCGGGGUUACGAUGUCUGGUUGGGUAAUGUCCGCGGCAAUAUUUAUUCUCAAAAUCAUGUGCAGCUCUCACCAUGGUCCCGGGCAUUUUGGAAUUUCACUUUAGAUGAAAUAGGUCGUUAUGAUAUAGCAGCAAAAAUUGAUUAUAUUAUAGCUCGAACGGGCCAGCCCAGUACUCACUUUGUGGGCUAUUCCCAGGGAACGGCAGUGUUUAGCAUUUUACUCUCCGAAAGGCCCAGUUAUGGUGAGAAAAUACGCAGCACUCAUUUCCUGGGUCAAGGUGUGUUUCUUUGCCACAUGAAAUCAUUGCCGGUUCUGAGUCGGGCCUUUGUUAUGGGUAGGCCCUCGAUGUCCUGGAUGGGGCAGUACUCCAGUCAUAGUGUUGAUCGCCUGCUGAACAUCAUCGCCCCGCCCAUAUGUAAAUGGUUUGCCACACCCUGUCUGAUGCUGUUUCAGUUUGUUGUCGGUUGGAAUUCACCUCACUUUAAUAGGACCCUUUUAGGUGACUUCCUGCGCACAACCCCCUCAGCGGCUGGCAACCUGCAGACCCUGCAUUUCUAUCAAUCCAUAAAAAAUUGUCAAUUUCGAAAAUACGAUUUUGGCGAGAAAGGAAAUUUGGCUCAUUAUGGCACCGCUGAACCACCUCCUUACCAUUUAGAGGCUAUACAACUGAAACAUCCCAUCAAUAUUUAUUACGGCGACAAUGAUUUCAUUGUAUCCCUGAAAGAUGUGGAACGCUUGUACAAUAUUUUAGGAAAUCGUACAAUAUUACGUCGAAUACCAUAUCCGAAAUAUAAUCACUUGGAUUUGGCAUUGGCCAGAGAUGUCAAGGAGGUCUUGAACGAUUGCAUUGUCGAUCAAAUGCAGGAAUAUGAGGGGAGGUCUUUUAAGGGGAAUUUGUGCGAGCAUUUUAAUAAAAAUGCCUUUUGAAAAAAUG